GACGUAAUGUUUUAACAUCCGUGGGGGGAAAGACACUGGAGCGACGUAUUUUUUGUAACAAGCAUGGACACCGAAGAGCAUAAACUCAUCGAGCAUCCUACAAUCUGCAGAGGAUCGUCCUUCCCCCCUCUGGAGAAAUGCACCAAUUGUUGCUCACCAGCACUCUAUCACUGCCCCUUUUGCCCUCCGGAGUGUUUCGAACCUACAAGGCGAAGAAAACUUCUGCUGCAUUUGGAAUCUCAUAGAAAGUUCGCCUGUUCCAUUGGAGGUUACACCGUUCACAAAUGUUCAUUUGGGUGCAGGAGAAAGCCUCAUUACCACUGUUUGCACUGCGAGGCCACAUUAAUAAGGAGACGAGAUUUUGUAAAUCAUGUUCCUCUAUGUUUGGAGGCACUGAAGACUAAACAUCAGAACCAGUCCAAGCUACAGCGUUUCAUGGUCACUGAUGAUACCAACGGCGACGACAUCUGUGAUUCGGAGGACAGCCAUGAAGAAAGCAGCAGCCAUUUCCUGAAUCCUGCUGCUUCAGGGAUGAGCACACGUGGAUCACCAAACUCCUCCAAAGGCAGUCAGAGGGUUCAGACCCACAUGGAAAAACCUCAAGACUGUGAUGAAUUUUACUUCAUGAACCUUGUCAAAAUCUUUAAAAGGUUGACCCCUCAGAAAAAGACAGAUGUCAGGUUAAGAAUUGAAAGAAUCCUCUUUGAAGCCGAGUUUCAGUAGCUGGUUGCUGGUUCUGUUCUGAAUUUGUUGUGGAACUUCUGUACCAGCUACCUGAUGUACCGGCAUGUUUACUGCUGGGACCUUUCCCCCAGGAUUCCAUAUGCUUUUAAGAACACAUUUUUUUUGUAUUUUGAAAUGUUCUGUUGCUUUAAAGAGUUCAGGUACAUCGACUGUCCGUCCUGGGGAGGAUCCGUCCUUCAUGUGGACACCCCUGAGGCUUCUUCUUUUUUUUCCGGAAUUCGAUUUUCUAAGAGUUUUUCCUUGGAGGGUCUAAGGGCAAGGAUGCCCAGUUUAACUAAGUCUGGUUAGUUUAGUUUAGAAUUUACCUGUUGAAUUCCAUGACUUAAUGUUCUUGAAAUGCAUUGAGACGACUUGUAAAAUUGGGCUGUUAAAAUAAAAUUGAAUUUAAUUUAAAGUUGUUAAAA